AUGACUACUUGUGUAAGAAGACUAGUCGAGCGUAAUAAUAUUUUUAUAUAUCUUCACUAUAAAUACGGCACUAGUGUUUUCCUUUUCCUAAAAUAGAUUGAGUUGCCGAUUUUCGCCUAAGACGAGCUCACUGAAUAAAGACGCAGUAAAUAAUUCCAGCGCAUCUUUGCUGGGAAAAGACUACCGCCGGAGAGAGAGAACAGUAUCUGGCGUAUCGCCCAGUUCAGUACACAUCACAUGUGACUACUGACAGAUUAUAUCGUGUGUUAUUUUCUUACUGAAACUACCAACAAGAAAUCUGGAAUAUCGGACAGCUGAAUGAAUUCAAAGGUUUAUUGAAUAACUACACAUUGACCUGAAGAAAAUUGUGCUUAACCACAGUUUUCUGUGGUGAAUUUUAAGUCGGCAAAUUGGAGCAUAACGCCAACACUGAGGGUGACCGAGAAGGUGGCAGGAGGAGAACCAUGGGAAGGAAGAAAAUUCAAAUAUCACGGAUCAGUGAUGAAAGGAAUAGACAGGUGACCUUUACAAAGCGUAAGUUUGGAUUGAUGAAGAAGGCAUAUGAAUUAAGUGUUUUAUGUGACUGUGAGAUAGCUCUGAUUAUAUUUAAUGGCAAUAAUAAACUGUUUCAAUAUGCCAGUACAGAUAUGGAUAAAGUUCUACUUAAAUAUACAGAAUAUAAUGAACCCCAUGAGAGUCGCACAAACAAAGACAUUAUAGAGCAUCUGAACAAAAAAGAACACAAGGGAUGUGACAGCCCAGAGCCUAUUGAUACAGACCCCUAUGUACAUGGAAUGCGCACUGAUGAUAAAUAUGACCGCAUCAAUGAUGAAUACCAAAGGGUUAUGCAACACUCACAGUUGAAUCAGAUGCGAGGAGGUAUGCCACAUUUCCAGAAUCCUGGUAUGCCAGGUGGAUUGGGACUACCUAACAGCGGGUACCCACCCCCACAAAUGAACCUUAUGUCCCCACAUCAACAGAAUCAUAUUAUGUCUGGAUCACCUGGACUAUUACAUCCACCAUCGGCGCCACCAAGUGUUAGUCCAAGACCGAACUCAACAGGUGGAAUGGUUGAUAUGAGUCACUCUCCAACACCUAAUGGCUACCACCAUCGAGUAUCACCGUGUAGUUCACCUGGCAUUAUGGCACAUAAAGGUUUAAACAAACCAUCCCCUGCCCCAACUCCUCCCAGCAUGAGACCCAGCCCCAACCCUAAUCAGAAUAUACGUGUCAUGAUUCCCAACAACAACAACCGCAACGAUGUUCUCCAACAAGACGGACACGGUCGAUCUAUGAACUCUUCUCUAGCACCCCCAGUUGUAUCAAUGGCUCCCAGUUCUGUAGGCAUGUCAAACUACCCUCCGUCCGCUCUUCCCUCCUCAUAUCUUCAAAAUAACUUUCCAAUGAGUACUGCUGCUGAUGCUGGUAAUUAUCAUCAUUGGUCUGGUAGUCAGGGUAUGAUGUCUGGUCCAGGUCAUCCUGGUGGACUCUCUCCACACUCAGGAUCAAUUUCACAUGGAAUCAGCUCUGGAAAUGUUUCACCUAUGGCCCUUAACACAAUGAGUGCUAUGAAUAUUAAAAGUGAACCCAUAUCGCCACCAAGAGAAACUACUACUCCCUCUAGUCAUCACAUGUUGCGGCCGCCAUCAAGCGGACCAGGUCAUCUGUCACCUGGACAUAUCUCGCACUCCCAUAGCAACAGCUCGUCACCGGUCAACAUACAUAAUCAUAUCCAAGACUACGAUGGCCCACUGAUGAAACGCUCGCGAAUAAAAGCCUGGACGACUUAAAAGCAAGCACGGCUCCAGUUGAACUCUACUUUUAAUUUAAUCUCCUUACCAUAUAUGGUAAAAUAAGUCGAGGGGCGCAGCCCGGGAUGCCUUGGAGUGAUGUCAGGCAAGAAUUGUAUAUAGAUAUAAAUAGCCUGCGCCAUGUGACUAUAUUGUGCUAUAAGGAAUCACCGAUUCCUCUUUAUACUAAUGUUAAUUGUUUUUGGACCUUUUAUUUAUGGACGGACAAUGUUUGACGCCUUUAUCAUUUGAAAGUGCUGGUGAAUUGUUUGUUAAGGUGUAUUUUUGGCUAUUUGCGGCCGAUAGUUAUUGGAUUAACUCCCUGAUUUUUAGGAGAUGUGAACAGAUGCGAGGAACACAGUGCUAUGAUUAGCAAUUUGUAUUGUUGUUAAUAAAAAUCAAAUUGUGCACAUGAAUAUUUCUCUGGUUAUAUAUAUAGAUAUAUCGGUCACUAUCAUAUUGUUCUGUUGUCAUUAGUUUGGUUAAAUUAGAUGGAAAACAAUAAUUAUUGUUCUUCGUAUUAAUAUUACACUAUAUCACCCCCCCACUACACAGUUGUAUGUUUACAGCACUGACAUGUUAAGUGCUAUUAUUAUUGUUGAAUUAGUUAAGACUGUUUCAAAAGAGUAGCUAGGUUUUCGGUGUAAAUUAUCCACAAUUUUAGAAUAAUUUCAUUUUAGUUUUAGACAAUAAAAUCUCUGUUUUUAAAAGGGAUCUGUUUAUUUGAUAACUUACAGAAUUAAUUUUAGCCAAAUAUGAAGUGCAAUGGAUGGCUUUUGUUGUAUGAUAUAUAAUAUGUAUACCAGAUUUAUAUAUAAUGGUGUUUUUGAGCUAUUUCUUAACUUAUUUAAUUUUAUUCAAUUACUAAUUAUUGCUAAGCUUCUUUAUUUAUUACUUCUGUUGUUCUUUUUAAUUGGUCGGUUUUAUUGAACUUUUAAUUUAAUUUGAGUAUAAUUUUUAAUUACAUAAUUUGUGAAUGCCAUCAUUCUGUGAUUUUCGAUACAACUGCCUCAGAAUCAAGGAGAGUCAGCAAUUCAUGUUAAUUUUUUCUCUCUUUGAUAAUAUACAUCUUUUUUUUUUUUAACAUGAAAUAAUGCUAUAAAAUUACACCAUGAAAUAAUGCUAUAAAAUUACACCAUGUUUUGAUCAUCAGUUUGUAUGAAUAACUAAUCAAGUUUGAAAGACAUAAACAAAAAUGCCUAUAGGCACAUUUAUUUUGUUUUUACCUGAGAUGAUUGUAUAUCUCUUUCAUCUUUUGCCGUCAGUGACCUGGCGUUGUCAUUGAAUAUAAUCUUUGUCAUUGAAUCUAAUCUUUACUCAAAAAAAACCAAAACAUAUAGGAGGUUAGGCUGGCAUGUUUUGGGAGAAUUUAUGAUAAUUUCCUAGAUCUUAUUUAUAGAUUAUUUUCAAAAUCUGUCUUAACAUGGUUGGCAUUUGAAGGGUAAAAAAGGUGAAAACAUCCUGUUAGUGAUAGGACUGCGAGAGCUAACAGUUUUAGGCCCUUUCUCCAUGUGUGUGUUUUCAACGGUUGCAUGGAAACGGUCCCAUUACGUUUGCAUUAGACAGACAUUGUCGUCAACGAAAAAGAAAACAAACUGAACAGUUGUACAAAUCAUGUAAAUUUCUCUGUGGUACUAGAUAUAGACUAAACCUUCCUCAUCUAGGUGAAAUGUGUGCUACAUCGUUAUGGUAUAUUACCACCACACCAGAAUAUUUAAACAUAUACUAUUUAUUUCUUACACAUUUUAUUUUAAGGGCAAAUAAAUGUCUCUGAGAAAAAUGAUUUAUCAUUCAUUUUAUAAAUAAACGAAGAAAAUUAACUUGAAUUGCUAUCAGUUUUUGAUUUGGCAGCAUGAAGUAAUAAAAUUUUAAUUGUGUUGUAGAUAUAAUUUGAACAUAUAUUCAAAUGUGGAUUUACAAUGAAUUAAAUGUUUGAUGACAUCUUAUGUAGAAGUAUGGUGUUAUACUCCCUGUUUUGUAAUUUUUGUACAUAUCUCUCAUGUUUUAUCUAUUGACACAAAAGAAUUAUAUAAAUAUAUAUAUAUUAUGUACAUUGUGUAUUUUUGUAAGCCCAUGUUAAUGAAUUGAAGUUAUUAUAUAAUAUGUAUAGAUUUUACUUAUAUACAAUUGUAUUAAUAUAUGUUGAUAUUGGAGAAAAUACAACUGUAUUUGGUUACAAAAGGGGAAUAACUCAUUGCAGACGACUUUAUUUUUUAAUCUCGUAGACCCGGUUAUCACAGCAAUAGUUAAUAUAAGGCAAGGCGUUAAGUCAAACUAACAAAAAUCAAUUAACCCAAUUACUUAAUUAAUAAUUUCAUUGUUAAUAUUAUACCAAUAAUUUAAUCAUCACGGUAAGUUUUAUAAUGAGCAUCUUCAUUAUUGAUUAAUGAAUAUUACAAUUCUAUAAAAAGUUUGCAACAUUUUAGAAAAAUCUUGUUGUAAAUUAAAUUAAAAAGAAAAAAAUAAUUUAUUAUUGAUUCUGCAAGGUUAAGAAAUCUGCUGUGAUAUUUAAUGGAGAUAAGAAACACAAAAUAUUUUGAAAAUUAUAAUAAGUCAAAAAAGGCCCCAAAUAUACAAAUCAAAUGAAUUUUUAACAGUUUUCAAAUUUUAACAGAAUCUUGCGGAAUGUUUAUCCAUAUAAUUUAUUGUAGUGAAUUGUUGUCUAAUAAAAUAGUUUUAUUUUGUAAUUGGAACUUGUAAUCUUAUUGUUGCAUAUUUCUUUGUAAUAUACUUUUUUUGCGACUGUAGGAAUAUUUGUUGCCAAAGUAAAUUAUUGUGAUGAUAAUUGUAUCACCCAUCACGCAAUCACACUUACAUAUUUCAUAUUCAUUAAUAAGGCUGUAGACAUUUCUUUGCAUGUAGUAUGAGCCUCGACAGACUGGGUAAUCCAGACCUGAUUACCGAUACACAACACUAGAUCACCCAGACGGUAUAGAUAUAUUAUAAUAUAUUUUGUAAUGUGUGACUCUAUGACCACAAUGCUUGUAUUCAUUAUUUUGUAUUCUUAAAAAAUCUAACUUAUAAUUUAUUUGACUGGCAGACGGCUUAUUUGUUUGUUGUUUAGUUUUAUUUGUUUAUGUGUAAAUGAUAUUGGCGAUAAUGCUGUAAUUGGCCUAGGGUGUAGGUGUUAGUAAGUGUAUUAUUACUCACUAUAACCUUUUUAUACCUAUCUAUCUUAGUGAUUGAUAGCCUCACUUUUAUGGCCCUUUUGUCACAAAAGACAAUAAAAACAUUGUCUUUUUUACAGGACUGGACACUGAAUACAAAUAUUGAACAAAUAGAUGGAAAUAAACAAGUAAGAGAACUGUAAUUUAUAUCAUUCAAUGCGUAGGCUAUUUCUUGUGUUAAUAUUAAUAUAUUUACAUUUCUAAAUGGGGGAAAAAAGUUGUUCAUCAUUUCAAUAAAGUUUUCAAAAUUUGAAUGACAUUGAUAUUGGAAUAGGUUUUGUGGAUGUAGUCUGCCAGUUUGAUCAAUUCUUGCCUACCAUUGUCUCACUAAUGUAUUGUUUCUCUGUUACCAUGGAAAUGUAUUGCUAGAUAUUAGUCAGACAUAGAGUAUAUUUGAUACUCAAGACGUGACACUAAAGAUUGUUUUUAAUUAGUACAUAUGUAGGCUGUCAUGUUGACUCAAAGAUGUAUUGUCCACAAACACAAUACCCCAACAUCUUGAUGGUAUAUAAAUCUACAAGACACACACACUAAGAAACACAUCUGUACCUUACAAGUCGUUAUUGGCAAUCAAUAAUUCCCAUGUGUGUUAUUCGGUCAGUAGUAGAGGAACCACGGAGAAAACUCAUCAUGAUAUCCACAUAAAAGAUCUCAUUAUAUUGGACAGUACAUCUUUUAGAUAAUUUCUGCUCGCUUUAAUAAGCUGUAUUAGAAUUAAGCCUAGAGAUUUGAUUAGAAUUUAUGUAUUUUUACAGAAAUUUAAUUACAUAGUGUUAAUUAAGAUCAUGUAUAUUUAUUUUUGAAAUUUUUUUAGGUUGAUCAAUAUAUAGUUUGACGUGAAUUAUUUGGAACGAACUUGUGAUGAUUUUCAUUAAAAAGAGAGAGAUGAAAUAUUUUAUUAUGCCUAGAUCUGUUAUUCAGGGAUAAUACAACCAUGUGAAACUACUAAGCCUUGUAAAAUUAUGUACAUGCAUUAUUUCAAGUUGUAGAAAUUUUUUGUAGACAAAGAAUAUUUGUAAACGUUCAUUGAUGAAGUUUUGUAUUGUUGAGGUCAUUUAAGACAGCCAGCUCCCCCUCUUAUCACUACACUACGGUGCACUCCCUUUCCCCCGUAUUUCCCCUCUCCCUCUCCAAAUAUAAUAUAUUAUGGUAUAAUGGCACCGUCUUGCUUCCUGUGUAUAUAAUGAGCGUUGUAGUGUAUUGCUGUUGACCAAGUAACAGUUCAAUCUGAAUCGUAUUAUUAAAACAUCAAAAAGCCA